AUGUGGUAUGCCUCGUGCUUGGACGACCGUGUGCUGCAUGGCCAGGAGAUGGUGGACUUUGCCAGGAGUCACCGGAGCACCACGGAGGCCGUGGCCACGAAGUGUCACUUCUUUACCCAUCGCUACGCCAAAGCCACGGAAGGCAUCAAGGAUCGCCUUAUUUGGCACGGAGCGGUGCUCAUCGAGUGGAGUCAUGGUCUCUUCAGCAGCGUCGUCGAGCUUGCAUGGCUGAAUGGGCUGGGUGGAUACCAGGGACGCUCCAACUGGUGCCGUGACAAGCUCGAGGUGCCCAAUCGCUUUUUCUCCGCGAUGCCCCCGACGAUGAAGGCGCCGUGGAACCACAACGCCUCGGAGAUCCGCGUGGUGGACGUCCCGGCGAAGAACCUCAAGGACUUUGAAUCCUUUCUGCACGAAUUCAGCGGCACGGGGCCUUUGGGCAUCGACGAGCAGCGCUUUUUUGAUCCUUACGUGGCCUACAGCGGGCAGGUCUGUUUGCAGCAUCGUUCAGUGGCGGACAUUCUCAAAUACCUUCUCAACUACAUCGCCAAGAACCCGCAGUAUGUCGAAACGAGCCGUAACUGCCAAACCUUUGCAUCUGACUUCUUUGCCCUCUUGACCGGCCAGGAAGCGGUGCCCACUCAAGCCUUUUGUCGGGCACUUUACAAGGUUCGAGUGAUGGACUUCUUGUAUGGCUGA